AUGUCCACCGCCUCUGGAUCUGUAUGGAUGUCGUGGUGGGACCUAUACUUUGCACCCGGUGACCUGCGGGCCCAGCAGCAGCUAACAACACCGUCAACCUCGUCCUCAACCUCUCAGCAAGAUGACCAGCCCAAAGCCACAGCACCGAUAAUACCGAAACGCAUCGAUGCCGCCCAUCGAGCCCGCCGUCAGAAUGCCCUCCUCUUCGGCGGCCUGGCCUUUACAGCCCUCUCAGCGCUCCUGAUGCGUCGAGCUAUCAGAACGAAGCAGCUCGCAACCUAUCCACAAUUCGCUACCAAAGUCGCCGGCUCGCGAGAACCCAUCGUCAAGGUCCCCACUUUCACACCAUCCAACACCCAAGCCAAAGCCGAAGGCGGCUUAGACGCAGCCGAAGCUCUCUUCCUUGCAACCCUCAGCACCUUCUCCAUCUUCAUGACCGGCACAGGCGCGUUCAUGAAGAUCUACGACAUUGCGGACGUGGAGGACCUCAGGGAGUUCGUGAAGCAGGGAAUAGGGUAUGAUGUGUACAGUGGGGAGACGGAGGCGGACAAAGAGAUCGAAACGUGGUUCGCGGAGGUGCUGAGUCGAAAAGAUGGGACGGGAAACUUGAGGGAGGAGAUUGUAACGAAGAUGGCGGAGCUGGGAGAGCUGGAGGAGAAGAAGAAGAAGGAGGUUGAGGAGAAGAGUCUGCUGCAGAAGAUUGAGGCGAAGAAGAGGGAGUUGGAGGAGCAGCAGCGGCGGUAA